AUGAAAGGAAUAUUUGGGGUUUCUAUCGGAACCACCUUCUUGAAUGUGGACAUUAUGAAGCGUACUUGCACAUGUAGGGGUUGGGAAAUGUUGGGCAUCCCUUGUGAACAUGCGGCAGCCGUUAUUCUUUCCAUCAGUCAGAAUGUUGUUGAUUUUGUUCAAGAUUGGUACAAAUUCCCAAUGCAAGAGCUGAUUUACUCGGGCUCCUUCUCUGGUAUAGAGACCCAUGACAUGCCAAUGGUCGCUAAUGAUGGUUUGGUUCGAUCUAUCACCGGUGAAGUUUUCCUCUCUCUUAAUCCUCCCCAUACCAAGCGGCCUCCCGGCAGACCAAGAAAGAAGCGCAUUGAGUCCUAA